AUGAAGAGAACAAUCAAAAAUAAAAAUAAACAAAUAGUUAAAGAAAAUAUGGGGAGGAAAAAACUAAAAUUGAAGAGAAUAGAGUCCCUAAAAGAGAGAAGUAGCAAAUUUUCAAAACGUAAAAAAGGUCUUUUUAAAAAGGCAGAAGAAGUAGCAUUGUUAUGCGACUCGGAUAUAAUGUUAAUUGUUGUUUCUCCCACCGAGAAGCCUACAGUUUUUAACACUCGUUCUAGAUCAUUCCAUACAAUCCUUGAGAGGUUUUGCAUGCUUUCAUUACAAGAACGGGAAGAGAGGUGUGAUCUUUCAUAUUUUUAUAUAAUUAUUACAUAA